AUGACUAGCAACCACAGCAACAACACCACCACCAACGGUGAUGCAGCUCCCCUUGAGGUAGCCAUCGUGGGGGGUGGUAUAGUCGGUGUCAUGACGGCAGUGGGUCUUCAUCGUCGAGGCAUCAAGGCUACUAUCUACGAGCGUGCGUCGACCUGGACCGAGGUCAGCGCCGGGUUCGCGUUUACUGAGGCAGCCCGGGGUUGGAUGAACCAGCUAAGCCCUGAUCUCCUGGAGAUCCUAGGCCGUAUCAGCCAAAAAACAGACGCCGAUUCUAGCAACAGCUACUGGGACGGCUACACCCCGCGAACCCGAGAGGAUGCCGAGGAUGAGUCUAAGGCUCUGCUUUUCCGAACUCCAAACAACAAGCUCUGUUUCUGGGGCUGUGUGCGCUCGCAGUUCCUCAAGGAGAUGGCGGCCCUACUACCCGAAAAUUCCGCCUUUUUCGGGAAGCAGCUUCUGACUUACGACGACAAUGAAGAGAACGGCAAGGUCGUCCUUCACUUUGAAGACGGAACUUCGGCCACGGCUGACGUUGUGCUCGGCUGCGAUGGCGUCCACUCCAGCACCCGCAAAACUAUGUUUGGCCCCGACCAUCCAGCCAGCCGUCCGGGCUACACGCACAAUGUUACCUACCGCACCAUGGUUCCUAUCGACGUCGGUGUUGCCGCCAUGGGCGAGAAGACUGCUCAGGGUGGAUGCAUGCACUGCGGUCCGAAUGCAUGCCUUUUAACAUAUCCCGUCAACAGCGGAAAAACGCUAAACAUUGCCAUUUUCGCCUACGACGCCAAGGACUUCCCCAACCCCAACCGGAUGACCGUGCAGGCGGACCGCAGCGAGAUCGAGGAGAUCUUCCGGGAUUGGUGCCCUCACGCGGCAGACGUGUGGAAGUACUACCCGGAGAAGAUGACCAAGUGGGGAAUCUACGACAUGACGGACAACCCGCCGCCAACCUACGCGAAAGGCCGUGUCUGCAUCGUCGGUGACGCCGCCCACGCCAGCACCCCAUUCCUUGGCAUCGGCGCCUGCACCGGCGUCGAGGACGCCCUCGUCGUCAACAAGGUUCUCGAGUCCGUGCACGCCCAGGCGAAGCGCGAGGGCGCUUCCGCUGAUGCGGUUAAGGAAGCGUUACAGACGUAUAGUCGCGCUAGGUUAGAGCGCGGCCAAUGGGUCCCUCGUAACUCGGGACAGAUCGGCCGCAUGUACCAAUGGAGAGAUGGACGCGAUCCCGAGGGCCUCAAGCUGAAGCUCGCGAGGGCUGCUCAGACGAUCACGAGCUUUGAUGUCUUGGCACCUUUGGCGGUCUGA